AUGAAAAUCGAAGCCAAGGCGACCUUGCCGAAACGGAAACCGGCCGACCUGCUGGUGCUGCUGCUGGACAAGGAGCGGGAACUCAGCCGAACCGCCGAUCCCACCCUGGGACCGCUUCUGGGGCAGCUUGCGCAGGAUUAUGGCGAGGGGAGGAUCAAAAAGGAAUACUUCAGCGCCAGCCCCAGUAAGGACGUGCGCCAUGUCCUGGUGCAGCACACCAGCCUGGUGAAGCCCUACGAUCUGCCUGAAAAAGUGAAGAUCCUGGCGGCUCGGGCCCUGGACCAGGCCCAUGACCUCGACCUGACUCAGGUGACCUUUCUGCUGAACGGCAAGGACGCCCCGGAGCUGUUCGGGGCGGUGGUGGAGGGGGUCGCCCUGGGCGGGUAUCGGUUCGACAAGUACCGCAAGGAGAAGGACCGCUUUUGGGAAAGGCUUCGGGUCUCGCUCUGUGUGGCAGGCGCCAGACUGAAAGCGUGCCGGGAGGAUCUGGCUCGGACAGUGCUGAUUUCCGAGUGUGUGAAUGGGAGCCGCGAACUGGUGAACGAACCUGGGGCCGCGGUCUACCCGGAGGUGAUUGCCGAUCGGGCGCAAGCGAUCGGCAAGGAGCACGGACUCAAGGUUUCGGUGCUGGAUGAGAGCGGCCUCAGCAAGGCGGGGCAUGCCGGACUGCUUUGCGUGGGGAGCGGCAGCAUUCACCCGCCGCGGCUGGUCAGCCUGGAGUAUCGACCGGCCCGUCAAUCCAAGGUUCGGUUGGCCCUGGUCGGCAAGGGGAUCACCUUCGACACGGGCGGCAUCUCGCUGAAACCCGGGGACAGGAUGUUGGAAAUGAAGGGGGACAUGGCCGGCGGCGCGGCCGUCCUUUACGCCAUGAAGGCCAUCGCCCAGUUGCGGCCGGACAUCAAUGUGCUGGGCGUGAUCCCCACGGCGGAAAACAUGCCCGACGCCAAGGCCCAGCGCCCGGGUGACAUCUUCGUCCCCAAGAACGGCAAGUCGGUGCAGGUGGACAACACCGAUGCCGAGGGACGCCUGGUUCUGAUCGACGGAUUUGAACGGGCCGGGGAGUGGCGGGCGACCCAUAUCGUCGAUAUCGCCACCCUGACCGGCGCCGUGGUGCGGGCGCUGGGUCCAGGCUACGCCGGAAUCAUGGGAAACGAUUCCGAACUGGUUCGGAGGGUGAUCGGAGCGGGCGGGAGCCAGGGAGAACUGCUGUGGGAGCUGCCCCUUCCGGAGGAGUACCGGGAAUUUCUCAAGACCCCCUACGCCGACGUCAACAACAUCGGGGGCUCGCAUGCCGGAGCCAUUACGGCCGGCCUUUUCCUGCAGGAGUUCGUUCCGCAGGGCGCGUCCUGGGCCCACCUGGACAUCGCCGGCCCCUUUCUUUCCGGCAAGGCCUGGAAAUACUACCAGGCCGGAGCCACCGGUUUUGGGGUCAAGACGUUCGUGGAGUUGUGCCGGCGAUUCUCCGGCCACUUCCCCGCAUGA